GCUCCGCAGGGGUCCAGAUGGGGAUGAGGAGGCGUGGUCCGCGGACACAGAGGGCCUUUGUGCCUCCUGACUGGAGCUCCAGCAGAUGCCUUAAUGGGCUCAUUCAGCGCCGAGCCGCCCGCCCCGCCUGACCACGCUCCACUGCGGAGCCAAGCUCGCCGGGAGAGCAGCAUGAAGAUGAGGUCAUCUGCGCUGCUGGGCCUGCUGAUCAGCUUCACAGUCCUCUCUUCAGGCUCAGCACUGCAGUGUUACCGUUGUCAUGGUUAUAGCACCGUCAACUGCGAAAACGUGCAAGAGUGCAGCUACGAGGACUCCUGUCUGUCCCUGAGUGAGAAAGGUGGCAAGACCAUUCGUCAGUGUAUCCGCUACACGGACUGCGAUAACCUGCGUCUGACGCAGAUGUUCCCGUCGGUGGACGGCUUCACCUACCGCUGCUGCAGCAGCAACCUGUGCAACGGAGCCGUCGCCUCGGCAACCAGCCAGCCCGCCCUCCUGUUGCUCGGGGCGAUGGUGCCGGUGCUGAUCGGCCGCUGGGUCAUGUGACCCGCCGUUGACGCCGCUGGACACGACCAUGAGAGCCGCGAUCGCCGCUUCACUGAACCACGGCGCCACCACCACCCCACGACACCACCCCAACACCACCUACG